AUGUAUUUUUCUCUGUUAAGCUUACCAAGAAAGUAUCUCUACCUCAUUCCUGAAGCAGUAAGCAUACCAUCUCCAACUUAAAAUUAACACUAAGGAGAUGAAACUAGAGGUGCUCUUGCACCAUGUCUAACUAAUUCGAAAACAAAACCCAACUUCUCUGCUUGCUGGAGAAUAUAUGACCAAGAAUUUCAGAAUUACCUAUUAUAACAAGGAUUUUUAGAAAGUUUGAUUGAUAAUUGUGAGGAAAAUGCAAUAUAAUCAUUUGCUGAUUUUAAUGAGUUGCUCAAGAGAUUCUUGGCAAGGUACAUCAAUAAUUUCUAAGAAUAAAGAUCUUAGAAAAUUGGAUAAAAUGAUUCAAUUUAUUAUCAUCUGGUAGAAGAGGCUGAAGAAAUUGACGAGUAAUUAAGGUUUAAGAAUCAAGAUCCUAUAUAAUAUGCUGAAAAUCUUGGUAAGACGUAGUUCUAUGAGAUGUUAAAGGAAUUAUAAUAGAAAAAAGUGCAAGAUUCCAAAACUUAUUAGGAUUUCUUGAUGUCAAAUGAGAUUUCACCACCACCACUAAAGUUUCACUCUAAACUUGGCAAAAAUUACCUAAAUUUUAGUAGUACAUAUGUAAUUGUAGCAUAUGCUAUUUAUGCAGGUGAAGAAAUUGGUAAAUAUUUCAGAGGAGAAAUUUCAUUAAAAAUGGUAGCAAAAAGAAUUGCAAUAUCUGCUAUUUCAACGGGAUGUAAUACAUUGGUUUUUUGUGCUGUUACAGUGCCAUUAGAAAUUGUUAUAGUCAGUGCCUUAGAUGCAUUUAGUAUUGGGUUAAGUUCAUUGGUUUUAGGGUUUAUUGGAUUACUAGCUGUUUACUAUUCAUCCGAACAUAUCAAUAAUUAAGCCAUUCGUUAAGCAGAUAAAUAUUUCGAUACCAAUGAUGAAGAUGAGAUAAUUAACUAAAAGUAGUUUUACCUAAAUAGCUUAAAGAUACUAAAUGCCACAGAAACCUCUAAAAUUGAUGAGAUUAAUGCUGAGAAGAAGCGUCUCUUGGUUAUCUAUCACCCUGAUUAAAAUAAAGACAAAAUUGAGUGGGCACAUCAGAAAAUUGCCUCUGUUAUCAUUGCUUUCGAGUGUAUUAAAUAUUACAGAGAAGUUAACAAUAUAUUUUAUUGA